ACCCUUGCACCACCCCUCCUCACAGCCCUUACCCUCGCCCCCCUCAUCACCUCCACCGCAUCCCUCACCCACGCCUACAUGGAAUACCUAACAACCAGCGCCUUCCUCAACCUGCCACCCCUUCACUCCAGACUCAGCAAAGCAAUCCUCGCCUCUCCCUCCCCCUUCUCAUCCCCACCCACCAACUCAGAAGUCGAAACCUACCUUCAAAAAGAAGACGCCACGAACCAACUAAAGGAAGCAAACCAACUCGCAAUCCCAGCCUGGUUCACCACAUUCUUCAACACAGGCAUCUACUCCGUCAUCGGCCUAAACACACUUACUCUAUCUUUCUCCCUCGCAAACAUUUAUCUCCUCCAUCCUUCGUUUACAACACGAGGAAGCAUAGCAAGGCGCUGGUACCAAAUCGGUGCGGUAGCGACGGUAGCGCAUUAUGCGUUUGUGCCGCUUGUGGGUAGGAGUGUGAGGGCUUUGGUGGGGUUGUGUGAUGGGGAGAAGGGAGAAGGGAGGGCGGAAGAGUGGUUGGGGGAGUGGAGGGGGUGGCAUGGGGUUAGGAUGGGGAGUGUGGAUUUGGUUGGUUGGGGGUGUUUUGUUGCCGGGGUUGUU